AUGCGCGGCUCAAAAGUCCUCCUCCAGACGGCCAAUUCUCGAGAUGCCAUACGCCGCAUACCUCUGGGCCUCAGUUACUCCUCACGAUGUCCCUCUGUCGAUGGUAGGGCACCGUUGAUAAAUCCCGGGGCCUUUGUCAGGCAGUUCCAUGCGGCGUCCCUACCGACGUUUGGCGGAAGCAGGCUUCACAAUUGCGGAGUCUUCAUCUCUACAACUCGUUCAGAUGUUCUCGGAAGCCUCCCUCGAAACAGCGUCUUUUCUCAAUCGUCGCACCCUAUAUACAGACAGCUCCGCUUUGCGACUGGGAAGAGCUCUCCAGGAGUGGCUGAAUCUACGAAACUUCAAGGAAAUGAGCAAUCGGUGAAGGAUAUUGCUCAAGAAGAAGAAAUAAGCCAAGCGUUCGAACGGUCUGAAAAAGCAUCUCAGGCGGCUCAGAUAAACCUGAGUGCGAGGUUAGCGAAGGACGGCCUGGCCCAUGGGAAGAAAUCCGGUGUUCGAGAGAUAUGGAGAUUAAUUAAAAUUGCACGUCCAGAGGCCAAGGUCCUAUCCGUUGCGUUUUUGUUUCUGCUCAUCUCCUCCUCGGUGGCCAUGUCUAUUCCCUUCUCCAUUGGGAAAAUUCUCGAUAUCGCAACUAGCUCUAACCCCAAUGCUUUGAAAGAUUUUCUGGGGAUCAGUCUUCCAGUGUUUUACACAGCGCUCGGCGGAAUUAUUUUACUAGGAGCGGCGGCAAACUAUGGAAGAAUCAUUAUUUUGCGAAUUGUUGGUGAACGGAUCGUUGCCCGACUUCGAUCUAAACUCUUCAGAAACACCUUUGUUCAAGAUGCCGAAUUCUUCGAUGCUAACCGUGUUGGCGACCUGAUCUCUCGACUUAGUUCUGAUACCAUCAUCGUGGGAAAGAGUAUCACACAGAAUCUUUCAGAUGGAUUACGAGCGGCUGUCAGUGGUGCUGCUGGGUUUGGCAUGAUGACGUAUGUUAGUUUGAAACUGUCAAGUGUUUUGGCCAUUCUGUUCCCGCCUAUUGCUAUUGCGGCUUUCUUCUAUGGACGAGCAAUCCGUAACCUUAGCCGAAAGAUACAGAAGAAUGUCGGCACAUUGACCAAAAUUGCAGAAGAACGACUUGGUAAUGUCAAAACAAGCCAGUCUUUUGCCGGCGAGAUUUUGGAGGUUCACCGGUACAAUCAACAGGUCAAGCGGAUCUUCGAGCUUGGUAAGAGGGAGUCCUUUAUCAGCGCGACCUUCUUCAGUGGUACAAGCUUAAUGGGAAAUGCUACAAUCCUUGCUCUGCUUUACGUUGGUGGCGGAAUGGUUCAAUCAUCAGCCAUUUCAAUCGGAGAACUCACUUCGUUUUUGAUGUACACGGCCUAUGCUGGAUCCAGUCUUUUUGGACUUUCAAGUUUCUAUUCCGAGCUCAUGAAGGGUGCAGGUGCUGCAAGCCGCCUGUUUGAACUCCAAGAUCGCAGGCCUAAGAUUUCCCCUACCGUGGGCGACAAGGUCACCUCAGCUCGUGGUCCCAUCAGGUUUAAGAAUGUUGCAUUCAGCUACCCUACCCGGCCUGCCGUAUCCAUUUUCAAGGACUUGGACUUUGAAAUCCCCCAGGGAAGUAAUGUGGCCAUUGUCGGGCCAUCAGGCGGCGGGAAAUCUACUAUUGCAUCUUUGUUACUCCGGUUCUAUAGCCCAACCAAGGGGCAGGUUUUCAUCAACGGUAAAGAUGUUUCAACCAUGAAUGCAAAAUCUCUCCGAAGGAAGAUCGGAAUUGUUGCACAAGAGCCGGUAUUGUUCUCUGGUUCCAUUGCGGAAAACAUAAGCUAUGGAAGGCCUGAUGCCACAAGAUCUGAGAUCAUUGCAGCAGCUCGUAAGGCUAACUGUCAGUUCAUCAGUGACUUCCCCGACGGAUUGGACACUAAUGUUGGCCCCAAAGGAGCACAGCUAUCUGGUGGCCAAAAGCAAAGAAUUGCCAUUGCUCGUGCUCUUAUCAAAGAGCCAGAUAUUCUCAUUUUGGAUGAAGCUACUUCUGCGCUUGAUGCUGAAUCCGAAACCCUCGUCAACAGUGCUCUUGCGGCCCUACUCCGCGAAAACAAUACCACUAUUAGCAUAGCCCAUCGCUUGUCGACCAUCAAACGAUCUGACACCAUUAUCGUUCUAGACUCGGAUGGCCGAGUUGCUGAAAUGGGAUCUUACAAAGAUCUGAACUCGAGACCAGACGGCGCCUUUACGAAGUUAAUGGCGUGGCAGCUUAGCGGUGGUGAAGGUAUUGCUGCUCCUGUUCACAUCAAGCCUAUCGCCCGAGGGCCGCCUUCAGAAACAGAGCACCUCCAACAGUUGCUCCAGGAGGGUGAGGAUGAGGAAUACGACGAAAUUGAGGCCGAAGACGAACCCGAAUCGACUGGCGCUACUGCCGGUUCAGCCGUUAAAAUUGAAGCAGAUGCGAAGAAAUAG